CAGCAGGCACUUGGCCUCCAUUGCCUGCAGGAUGAUGAGUAGACCUUCUGUGGUGUGUUUUAUGCUUUGAAAAGAUCAAAUUUGAUUUAGCUUAAGAUCUAAGGGAUUGCUUCGGCCAGCAAGGAGGAGAAAGCCCAACCAGCUCGUUAUCAACACGAGAAGCUGUGCUGGAGAAGUGUUCCCUGGCACUGAGUGGUGGCUCUUUCAGUUGAAAUGAGGAGACUUUCUUGAGAAAUCUUUCCUGAUUUCUGCAGCGACCUGAGGGGGUGCUGGUGCCCAGUGCUCCAGGACUCCGUGCUCUGGUACAGCCUUUACACCAACGCACUGGGGAGAUUCAGCGUUUCGACCCGUGCUCUGAAGGCGGCUGUCAGCGUGCGGUGAUGUGCUGACUGGCACUAUGGGCAGGCGCUACCCAGGGGCUCACUAUCGGCCAAGCAGCUCAUUCGAUUCCGGCGUGGACGCCUUGGCAGUGUUUAUGGCAAGCAGCAGCACGACGGACGUUGUGAACCGCAACAGCCCGGCCACCCCACCCAACACCCUCAACCUGCGCUCCUCUCACAACGAGCUCCUGAAUGCAGAGAUCAGGCACACGGAGGCCAAGAACAGCACGCCCCCAAAAUGCAGGAAAAAAUAUGCCCUGACUAACAUUCAGACAGCCAUGGGGCUUUCCGACCCUGCGGCGCAGCCCCUUCUGGGGAACGGCUCGGCCAAUAUCAAGCUGGUGAAGAAUGGGGAAAACCAGCUGAGGAAAGCCGCCGAACAGGGACAGCAGGAUCCCAAUAAAAACCUCAGUACCACUGCGGGCAUAAACGUAACUUCUGAGAAGUUUGAAGGCAAAGAGCCGAUCCCGCAGGAUCCCUCUGGCUGUGAAAUAUUACCCUCGCAGCCAAGGAGGACCAAGAGCUUCCUGAAUUACUACGCGGAUCUAGAGACAUCUGCUAGAGAGCUGGAGCAGAAUUUUGUUGCGAUGGAAGAUAAAUCGGCACAAAGCAACAGCCAGGCUUCCACCCUUAUUGUCAACGGGGAAGCCCUGCCCCGGAAACAAAACAAGCUGUCGAGCCCAGAGGAUGGCCAAGUUGCCACGGUGUCGUCAAGCCCUGAGACUAAGAAAGACCACCCAAAAACUGGGGCCAAAACAGAUUGCGCCCUCCACAGAAUUCAGAACCUGGCCCCAAGCGAUGAGGACUCCAGCUGGACCACCCUGUCCCAGGACAGCGCCUCGCCGAGCUCGCCCGACGAAACAGCAGAUAUAUGGAGUGAUCAUUCAUUUCAGACAGACCCAGACUUACCACCUGGCUGGAAAAAAAUCAAUGACAUUGCUGGGAUCUACUACUGGCACAUACCAACAGGAACAACUCAAUGGCAACGUCCCGAGUCCAUCCCAACAGAUCUCCAGGGCUCACGAAAAGGAUCGCUUGGUUCCAUUACUCCGUCUCCUACUCCAGAGACUGAGAAACAGCCAUGGAGUGAUUUUGCUGUACUGAAUGGGGGAAAGAUUAAUAGUGACAUUUGGAAGGAUCUGCACGCAGCCACUGUGAACCCAGACCCAAGUCUGAAAGAGUUUGAAGGAGCAACGUUGCGCUACGCCUCUUUGAAGCUCAGAAAUGGUCAGCAAUCUGAUGAUGAUGAUUCUUGUAGCAUCAACAGCGAUCCAGAAGCCAAGUGCUUUGCUGUGCGAUCUCUGGGCUGGGUAGAAAUGGCAGAAGAAGAUCUUGCUCCUGGAAAAAGCAGUGUUGCUGUGAACAAUUGCAUCAGACAACUCUCUUACUGUAAAAACGACAUCAGAGACACUGUCGGCAUUUGGGGAGAGGGCAAGGACAUGUACCUCAUACUGGAAAACGACAUGCUGAACCUGAUUGACCCCAUGGACCGCACAGUCCUUCACUCGCAGCCCAUCGUGAGCAUCCGAGUCUGGGGCGUGGGGCGCGACAACGGCCGAGAGAGAGACUUUGCUUACGUGGCGAGAGACAAAGACACCAGAAUUCUGAAAUGUCAUGUGUUUCGAUGUGACACCCCCGCGAAAGCCAUCGCCACAAGUCUACACGAAAUCUGCUCAAAGAUUAUGGCCGAACGGAAGAACGCUAAAGCUAUGGCCUGCAGCUCGUUGCAGGACAGGACGAAUGUCACCCUUGAUGUUCCUCUGCAAGUAGAUUUCCCAACACCAAAGACAGAGCUGGUGCAGAAGUUCCACGUCCAGUACCUGGGCAUGCUGCCUGUGGCUAAACCCGUGGGAAUGGACACUCUGAAUAGUGCCAUUGAAAGCCUAAUGGCUUCCUCGAGCAAAGAAGACUGGAUGCCAGUUACCAUGAAUGUUGCUGAUGCUACUGUCACAGUCAUCAAUGAACGAAAUGAAGAGGAAAUCCUGGUGGAGUGUCGUGUGCGGUUCCUGUCCUUCAUGGGAGUGGGCAAGGACGUCCACACCUUCGCCUUCAUUAUGGACACAGGAAACCAGCAUUUUGAGUGCCACGUUUUUUGGUGCGAACCAAACGCUGGCAACGUAUCAGAAGCUGUUCAGGCUGCCUGUAUGUUGCGGUAUCAGAAGUGCUUAGUGGCCCGACCUCCUUCCCAGAAAGUCCGACCGCCCCCACCUCCUGCAGACUCGGUGACCAGGAGAGUGACCACCAACGUAAAAAGAGGGGUCUUGUCCCUCAUUGACACUUUGAAACAGAAGCGCCCGGUGCCCGAGAUGCCGUAGCCGCGGGAGGGAGAGGGCUCUCCCGUUGUUCCGCUGGAGCUGAGAGCAGCUGCACCGAGGAGCAGGGACUGAGGGAGCCUGGCCUCCCCUUGCCAACCGCCGACGCUUGUUGGUCUUCAGAGAAUCUACCCCGCACCGAAACCAUGUUAGACAAGCAUGUUCUCUCCUUCUCGCCACCAUCGUGUGAUAUGAAAAGAAGCAUGAAAUAAUUUAUUUUUUUUCGCUGUCAGUGAGUUACAUCAUGAGCAAGGGAAGGUCUGUUUGUUUGUAAAUACAUGAACGUUACCUAAACUCUCACACACACACAAAAAAACAAACAAAAAAGAAUAUGGCCACAUCCCUCCCAGUGAACUCCUGCUAAAGUCCUUGGAGCGAGUGAUGCCGGAGUUGAUAGUUUCACCAUCUUGAGCUGGAUUUGUCACAAACCAAUCUUAAAUCCCGCAGCACUUGGCUCUGUUUUCAACGCUGGAGUGUAGGUUCCAAGGAUCAGCUACCAUUGAGUUACUGUAGAUUAAAAUAACCGAGUUUUAUUUUUUACAGAACUACACCUGUUAGUUUUAAAUUGUUUGUCAGCAUUGGUCCAGCAACCACUUCAGCAUCUCCCUGACGUGAUUGUGAAUCAUGGUGGCAUUAUUUCAUCUCCUGGGUGUACAUCAUGGUCCUAGAGAAGAAUCGUGUUUGAUACCAAACCAACGCUGAAAAAUCCAGAGGUGUUUUCAGCAGUUGAGUUGCAGGUUGAUCCGCUGAAGCUUUUCAGCUUUAAAUAUACAAUUGCACCUGUUGGCUGUUAAAUUUAUUCUCCUAAAUCUGCCAUUAAUUCAGCUAAAAUACCGUUUGUUUCACGCAGGGCUCAUAGCAAUCAGGAGCAAGAAAGAACUGGUCAUUAAUUUUACUAUCUUAAAAGGCUUACAGAGCCUGGAACGCUGCAUACCUUACCCAGACAGGUGUUUGAUCAAACGGUCCAUUUGGCGUCUGUUUGCACGAGUCCCCCUUCCCCUCGAGUUUGUUGCUGAAAACUUCACGUGCCACAAAAAGAACAAUCGUGUUUUUCGUUAUUUACAAAAUUCCCUUAAAUUUCUUUUCAUGCUCUCGUGACAAAGUAAGAGGAGAGCUGCUUCCCAGGGUAGUGCUUCAGGGGGUACAACCUGCUUUCAGCGCUUCUGCUCCAAAGGCUUCAUCCUGUUGCUCUGAUCUCCGCACCGCUCACUGCAGCCCCUGACGAGCUCAGCCCAGGGUUGCCCCUUAAAAUCGUUACCUCAGGCUAAUUUUCCAGCGCCGUGACGCAGCCUGAAAGUCUCUCCCUCUGCCAUCUUCUGCUGGGACCCGCAGAUCAGUACGCAUUCGGGAAACGGAAAGGUAAAGAUAUUUUUAAUUCGCGUUAAAAAUGUUUUGCCUCCAUUUUAUGGGUAUGUUCCAAACUGUAACUGUCUCCCAAGACUGCAAAUCUGGUCAUACUGUAAUUUUAAAAGAACAUUGUCAAGGUUGUUAUUACAAGAACUCUUUAUUUAUUCCUAUUAUUCCUAUGCAAGAGACUGUUAGAAACAAACUAUUUUUCUUUUUAUUUCCUCGUUU